AUGUCUGCUAUAUCAAUAUUCUCAUCCGCCCUGCGGCAAACCGCCCGCCCAACCCGUCUCCUCACAUCCCAACUCUCCCGACCGACAUGGACUCCUUCCUUUUCCCGCCUCGCACCCCUUCAGGCCCGCCUCCUCUCCGACUCCACGAAACAAGCCAUCAACCAAGCUGUGGCGACCUCGCCGGUCGUCUUGUUCAUGAAAGGGACGCCGGAAGCCCCGCAAUGCGGCUACUCGCGCGCCUCGAUCCAGAUCCUGGGCCUCCAGGGCGUGGACCCUGCGAAGUUUACGGCGUUCAACGUCUUGGAGGACGAAGAGCUGCGGCAAGGUAUCAAGGAGUACACGAACUGGCCGACGAUCCCGCAGCUUUAUUUGGAGAAGGAAUUCGUGGGCGGUGCUGAUAUCGUCAUGUCCAUGCAUCAGGACGGAUCAUUGGCGCAGCUUCUGGAGGAGAAGAAAGUCCUCGUCCCUGCAGAAGAGGAGAGCAAGUAG